UUGGCUAUUUAGCAACGACGGUCUUUUCGCGGAUUGCUCAAAACACAGGAUGGACUCGACUCGUAAUGGGGGUGUUUGUAGACGUUUCCUAAAUGGCUCAUGCAGAUUUGGUUCAAGAUGUUUUUACAGACAUGAGUUGUCCUUAAUACAACCACCCCAGAUAUGCAGAUACUUUCAGGAAGGCGAAUGUUGGUACGGCGAGCGUUGCAGGUAUCGCCAUAUUUUACAACCUGAUGCUGGCACAGCUGUUUCAGCUAGAAGAGGUUCAGUGCCUUCCUUCUCGUCCUCCAGUGUGGCCCACACUUCCUCUGACAGGAGAGGAUCAGAACCAUCUCUUCUGCGCACAAUUGUCACCUCCUCCAGGCAGGAAUGCAGUGGAUCAGAGUCGACCGUCAAUACCUCAAAUUAUCCAUGCAUCUCUGGGCCCCUGCCACAAAAUGCAAAGGACCAGCCACAAGGAGAAAGAACUGGCUCGGAGUCUGGCCAGAACUCAGGAAUUGCUCGAUCACRUGCAUGUCAGAGAAUAGAGGAGGGUUCCUCUGAAAUUGAACCACAGGAGGGUGGAGCUGCUGCUGCCUCCAGUAACAAAAGUGAAGAGGAAACCGAGGCCUUCCUGCAGAGUAAAAAUGUGAUCUGUGGCAUCUGUAUGGAAAAGGUCUACGAAAAGGAGAACAAGAGAGAGCAAAUGUUUGGGCUUUUGCCAAACUGCAACCAUCCCUUCUGUUUAAAAUGCAUCUCAACCUGGAGGAAGACUAAAGAUCUCGGUUCUGAUGUUGUAAGGACUUGCCCGCAGUGCAGAGUGAAAUCUGCUUUCUAUGUGCCGAGCAAAGUCUGGAUCGAAGGAGCAGCAAAGGAAAGUGCAGUGGAUGCAUUCAAGAAGAAAUUCAGUAAGAAGAGAUGCUGCGUCUAUGACCGAAUUGGACACUGUCGCUUCAGAUCAGAGUGCCUCUAUCGCCAUGUCAGAAGUUCAAGUCAUGUUGCCUUUUCGUAUUUCUCAGAUGAUGAUGAUGAUGAUGAAGAUGAAAACCGUAUUGAUCUGCUUGGAUUAUUCUUAGCCAUGGCCUUCCUUGGUGGUGACGAUUCAGACGACGAGGACUUCCUUUUUACCUAAACAGAAUGAGUUCUGAGCUUUCGCAUUUAUUUCAGUGCCUGAAGCGCUGAUUGUAGCUGUAAGUAAAAGUCACUGGCUUUGAGUUACAUGGCUGUGUUUUUUGACUUUUUUGUCCAUUUUGGAAUCUGUUCUAAAGCACCUUGGAGCCGACUUUUGUCAAGAUCAGGUAUAAGUUAUGGUCCAGAGUUCCAAGUAUGUUUAGGUUUCUGCAUUAAUCACAGACUGUAAUCUUAAUGCGCUGAGAAAUAACAUAAUCUGAUGUUUUGUGCUAUAUUUUGAAGAAAUUUGUGUGUAUUGUUUGACUUUCUCAGAUAUGAAAUGUUUGAAUUUUUAUCCCUGAUCUUGACUACGUCCAUUUCCUUCUAGUUGAGGUUUACUUCCCUCCUCAUUGGCUCAGUUCCUUGUUCACCAUCUCUCCUCGUGUCUACACAUCUGUGUGCUUAAUUCGAACCAGUGUUGUCAUCUUGGACAGUUUUGAUAUUUUUAAAGUGUGGAUGGUGGUUUUAAUUGCCUAAAACUUAAAUCCAAAUAAAUGUACUGUGCCCUUUCUUUAUCUUUGAUCUAGAAUAAUUUCCUCAAGUGAAUAUUGUAAACCCUUCCUGGUUUUUGGCAAGAAUGUGAAAAUGUUGACAUUUUUAUUACUUUUUAAAAAUUCAAAAAAGUUGUAAACUGAAAAUAAAACUUGCUUCACUGAAUGUCUCUAGCAUGAUUAAAUAAAUAUUUUUGAUCCACA